UUUAUUAAUUAAGUCUUUAUUGAAUUGAGUGUGCAGGAAAGAGUCACUAAAAUGGCUGAAGAUGAAGAGGCUGCUCCCGAAACCUUGGAAGAAGCAGGUGUGCUGGAGGCUGAUGUUGGGGCGAGAUUUGACCAGCAGCUGGCGGGCAUCGACCCCAAGCUCAAGAUCGAUAUGGACCCCUUUGCCCACCGCGACCUGCGUCCCGAGAUGAUGUUCAUACGCGAAGAGCUGCGUCAAGCCAAGUGGCAGACCCUGGCUGUCCGUCGUACGGCUCUAAAGAAACUUCUUCUCAAAGAUCUGAUGCAAGAAGACUGUGAACUGAAGAAUGUUGGCCUGUCGUACGCCCCGCCAGACCCCUGA